CGGCUCUCCGGGCCCGAAGGCCGCCACCGCCACCGCCACGGGCGGCUCCGGGGUCUCGGCGAGCCGGAGCGGGAGGGGAAGAGGAGGGGAAGGCAGCCGAAGGGAGGAGGAGGAGCCGCCGCCGCCAGCCUCGCCAGCCGGCCGGCGGGGCCUGUGCGUCGCGUUGCGCUUUUGGAGAGGUCGCGAUGUUGGAGGCGGCGGCGGAGCCCGGCUGAGGCUGCCAGCAGAACCACGGGUGGGGGAUCAUGGGAGUUGGAGUCCGAUCAGACCCGGAGGGCCGCGCCUUCCUCCUCCUCCUCCCCGCUUUAAAAACGUCAAGGAUGAAUUUGUCUGCAGCCGGAAUGCAACAAGUCUGUAGACUCUGCUGGAUGUCUUGCUGCAGCCUCUUCCCCAACUGGGCGCCCUUGUUAUGUGUGGGACUACAAUUCCCAUCACCCACACCUCGCUGGGAGUUGUAGACCAAGUCAUCCGGAGGCACACCGGGGCAUUGCCCCCUGAGGUUCAAGGUGGAUACAUGGCUGAUAAGACCUUAAAAGGAUGCAGGCACUUCCCCGCCUGUUCUUGACUCUGGUGGUGGUGUGUGCCGGCUCCGUGGCCUACGUCUUGCUUUGCCCCCACUUCUGCAUGCCGUUGUGUUGGCUCAGCUGCCGGCGUCCGGAAGAACAGGAGAGGCAGUCUCCGUCCGUGGCGGGAGCCGCCCAGUUCGAGGGUUACAUCAGCGUCCCCGAUGGGAAGCCGCUGGCUCACGCACCAUGCCGCCAGUGCGCCGUGGUAUCCAGCUCAGGGCAGAUGCUGGGCUCGCGUUUGGGAAAGGAAAUCGACGCGAAGGAAUGCGUCCUGCGGAUGAACCAGGCCCCCACGCAGGGCUACGAGGGGGACGUGGGCGGCCGGAGCACCGUCCGGGUGGUCUCCCACACCAGCAUCCCCCUGCUGCUGAGGAACCAGUCCUACUUCUUCAAGCAGUCCCGCGACACCGUCUACGUCAUCUGGGGCCCUACCAGGCUGAUGAACCGGGAGAAGGUGGGCUUGGCCUACCGGACGCUCCUGAAGGUGAAGGAGAUGUACCCAGGCCUGCGUCUCUACACCCUGACGGAGAAGAUGAUGGCCCACUGCGACGAGCUCUUCCAGCUAGAGACGGGCAAGAACAGGAUGAAAUCCGGCUCCUUCCUCAGCACCGGCUGGUUCACCAUGGUCUUGGCGCUGGAGCUGUGCGAGCAGAUCUUUGUCUUCGGCAUGGUCAACGAGAACUACUGCAGAGAACAGAGCCAACCUCCUGUGCCUUAUCACUACUUUGAGAAGGGCAGACUGGACGAAUGCAAGAUGUACCUGGCCCACGAGCGAGCCCCCCGGGGCGGGCACCGGUUCAUCACGGAGAAGGCGGUCUUUUCGCGCUGGGCGAAGAAAAGGAACAUCGUCUUCACUCACCCCUCGUGGAUGGAUGGGUAAGGGGUACGCCCCCGGCGUACGCACCCUUUUACUGCUGGGAAGGGAAGGUGUCUGUGAUGCCAGUAUCGCUGAUGGACAACGUGACGCCAUUGCGCUGGCCUGGAGAAUCUACUUCGAGAGAGAGAGUCAUCUUUGGGAAGGCGUCUGUUACUGCAAUCCACCGAAAGGGGACAAAAAAGCCGAAAGUUUGGCCCUGCUCUUGAUUUUGGCUUUUCCUGAGCGUGAUAUCGCUGUUUUGUCCAGGACUAGUUGAUCAAGCAGCCUAACCUGGCAAAAAACCAGGGCAGUUGGCUCAUUUUUCCCUUAAUUUUUUUUACCAGCGCAAGGGACCCUUCAACCUUCAACUUUCAGCCUACAGCUCAUGGUUUUCAUAAUACAUCGCUGCUUUUAAUGACGAUACCCACUGCCGGAGGAAAAGAAGGGUGUUAUUAAAAUAUGAGUAAUAUAGGUGCUUUUGACUGGUAGAAGACAAAGAAAGCUUAUUUAGGGGUCCACUGCCAUUUUUUGAGUGAUCCGGGGUGGGAAUAAUUUGAGAUCCAUUGCAGAACCGGAAUGAAGAGGGUGCAACGUGUUUGCUGUGCGGAGACCACAUAUAACUUGUGCCGGCAUAUCGUGAGCCUGGCAUUCUCCUUUUGGGGGGUUUCUGUGGGUUUGAUCUCCCAAAAUCAAUGCGAAAGCUCCGUGUGUGUGUGUGUGUGUGUGUGUGGUUUUGGCAAGCAUUGACUUUCGUACACUUGUAUUUUGAAAGGAGAGGAAGUGGUCUAUUUGAGUUCCGUACCUCUUUCUCCCCUUUCCCUUCCGUCGCCCGCAUUUUUAAAAUUUUCAACUUGAGAAUCAA